UUACAUCUAACAGCAGGCAAGAUAUAGUAAAUGAGAUCUAUGAAACAUUGUACAGAAUUAAAAAUAUGAACAUGCAGGUAAUAUUUAUGUGGAUUCCAGCACACAGAUGGAUUAAGGGAAAUGAAGUUGUGGAUGCAUUAGCAAAACAGGCUCUGAUGCAGGAGGAGGUAUUGUACGUUCCACUCAGUAAGUCUGAAGCUAAAGGAAUAAUCAAACGAAACAUCAUUAAGGAGUGGCAGAACAGUUGGGAUACAGGAAACACAGGGCGACAUCUCUAUAUAUUACAGCAAGAUGUGGGUACAGGAAGGAUAGCCAGAAGAAUCAAUAAAGAGGAGAGCAUCUUGACAAGGCUAAGGGUAGGACAUACUAGGCUUAAUAAAACUUUGCAUUUAAUAAAUAAACACCCUUCAGGAGUGUGUGAACAUUGCCAAAUAGAGGAGUCAGUCGAGCAUGUAAUUCUUCACUGUCAAAAAUUUGGGGAGUGUUAAGGGAGGAAAGUAGAAAGUUUGAACAGGAAGAAUUAAGUCUAAAAAAUGUUUUUGAUAUUGAAGUAGGGAAGUUAUUCAGUUAUUUGAGAGAAACUGGAUUGAUAAAUAGAAUUUAGGGGCAGGAAAUAUUAUUAGUAUUAUUACUAUUAUUAGUUUUAUUUAUUUUGUUUCUUCAAGGGAAGGAAAGCUCUGGCCCACACUCCAACAUAGUAGGUGGCGGUAAUGCACCAUAAUGCUGGUUGCCACCCGCCAUUAAACGUAACAAAGAAGAAGAAAGCGAUCGAAAACGAUCAGGAUAGAGUAUUUUAGCAUCUAUUUAGCAUAGCAUUUAUAUAGUUAUUUAGAUUAUUUCGUGUAGCCUAGGUAGUUAAUUAGCAUAUUUGUUAGUGUAGUAUUGUUAGAAGCAUAGUUAGUUAGUAGCAUAGUAUUGCGUCAGUUAGGAUAGCUUCAAGUUAGCGUAGAUUAUCUGUAUUUAGUACAGUGGUCAGGAUGGUACGUAGGUGUAGUGUUGCUGGUUGCAACAGCACUGCUGGACUGUAUAGCUUUCCAGCAGACUUGGAAAUUAGGCGCCAGUGGUUGCAUGUCCUUGGCCUGGAAGACCGCGAGUUCCCGCCUAGAGCUGGAGUGUGCAAACUGCAUUUUUCGCGGGAUUGCUUCUCCAACGCAAUGGAGGUGGAAAUGGGCUUCUCCUUUCAGCUCGCGCUGAAAAGCGACGCAGUGCCAAACGCUCCUCCUGCAUGGACUCCACCACCUCAGCGGCGUCUUGAGCCUACUAUGACCAGAGACAUUGGGUGCCAGACUGACCCAGUCUGGUCCAGAUCUGCAGGUGUGCAGGCUAACAUGAAGCCAAUAAGGAGAAGCAAAGCCACCCAGGCCAGAAUGCCUAACAGGAGUGUGUCGUGUGACACAGGCACACUGAUGGAGCCUUUCACAGACUGUCCCGGGGCAACCUCAACACCAAUAAAGAGGAAAAGAUGUGAGGUGUCCACUGAUGACUCCAGCUACCAUCAAGAUGGAAGUGAGAGCACCAUGAACAGUACAAGUGGGGGAAGGAAACCUCUGUAUGGUCCUUCUUCAGGAAACUCUUCCCUGAUCCGUGUCACAACGCAAGAAGGUAUGACCACCCGAACGUGUUGGCCAAGGUACUCCCAACACCACCUAACGACAUUACGAUACGCAAGGUGUCUAUAAGCGCUGAAAGACAGGUAGUGCACAUGUAUGUUGAAGUGGAGGAUACAUUCCAUUUUUUUUAUAUACAUUUAUUUUUUUUUAUAUAAAAUGUAACCUUUCUUCCUGGAACUAACCUGUUUGUAACUGUCUCUUCCAUCUCACCAUAUAACUGUACGUAAGUGGGUUUAGUGCUACAGGCUCAAAGCCUGGAUGUGCCGUUACACAGCCCACUCCACCAAUCUGGUCACACCUGUGUACUACCUACAACAUGAGAAUUGUUUAUUACUACUUUGUUAGGAGGAUUUAUUUAAUAUUUGGUAUGUGGA